UUUAAUCAUCAAGUUUUCUGCUAUAAAACCACAAACCUAUGAACUGCAAAGAUCACAACACACUGAACAACUGAACUCAGCUCAGAUUAAACAGAACCUGAACCUGAAGCAGACCCUGAACCAGAACCUGAACUGAACCCUGAUCAGCCAUGGACAGAGUUGUCCUUCUGCUGUCAGUCCUGUCUCUGGGCGUCUCCUCUCAGCCAAUCACAGACAGCCAGCAUCUGUUCUCCAUCGCUGUCAGCAGAAUCCAAAACCUCCACCUGCUCGCUCAGAGACUCUUCUCCAACUUCGAGAGUACUCUGCAGACGGAGGACCAGCGUCAACUCAACAAAAUCUUCCUACAGGAUUUCUGUAACUCUGAUUACAUCAUCAGUCCCAUUGACAAGCAUGAGACACAACGCAGCUCUGUUCUGAAGCUGUUAUCGAUCUCCUAUCGAUUGGUGGAGUCUUGGGAGUUCUCCAGUCGCUUUCUGUCUGGAGGUUCUGCUCUGAGGAACCAGAUUUCACCCAGACUGUCUGAACUCAAGACAGGAAUCCAACUGCUGAUCACAGCCAAUCAGGACGGAGCAGAGAUGUUCUCUGACGUCUCGGCCCUCCAGCUCGCUCCAUAUGGAAACUUCUAUCAGAGUCUGGGAGGCGAAGAGUUGCUGAGACGAAACUACGAAUUGCUGGCCUGUUUCAAGAAGGACAUGCACAAGGUGGAGACGUACCUGACGGUGGCUAAAUGUCGGCUCUCUCCAGAAGCUAACUGCACCCUGUAGCCCCGUCUCUCCACAGUGAAGCCUGUCGUUGAUGAUGUAAUCCUGUAUGUUCUCAAGCUCCGCCUCUAUGUUAGCAUUAGUGUUUACCUCUGUCAGGUGCUGAAGUCCAAACUGAUGAUGUCAUAGUGAUGUCAUACAUUCAGCUUGUGAAAUAAAGUGUGUUAAUUCA